AUGGGUUACAUGAUUGUGGAACUCUGGAGAAUGUUCGAGGUAGCUCCCCAUACCAGUUUCAACGAUACCCAUACAACUGAAAUAAAUGAAAUCGUAGGUGAUUUGGGAUGGAGCGUAGGCUGGGCGACUUACAACCAAUCAGUUCCUCUAUGGGACAACUCUUCUGGGGCUCUCGCAAGUUUUACAUCACAUUUUCAGUUCCUCAUCAGAAACUCCAGCUCGAAUUCUGCGGACGGACUCACUUUCUUUAUUGCCCCUUUCAACUUCAAACCACCUGCAAAUUCUUGGGGCGAAUGGCUGGGCCUCUUUAACCUAACCACAAAUGGUAUACUUUCAAAUCAAGUAGUGGCCGUCGAAUUCGACACAUUCCAGAACAGCUUUGACCCAGAUGACAACCAUGUCGGAAUAGACGUCAAUUCAGCUGUUUCUGUGGCGAACGUUUCGCUUAGCUCGGAAGGUAAAUUCCUAAACAAUACUCUGAAAAAUGGGCAAGCUUGGGACUCGUGGGUGGAUUACAAUGGGAGUACAAAGCAGUUACAGGUAUUUCUCUUAUAUAACCCUUCUGCUAAUCUGUAUAAUAUUUCUAAACCCAGAAGCCCGAUUUUGAGUUAUCACAUAGAUCUGCGUGACUAUAUUCCGGAAAUUGUCACGGUUGGCCUCAGCGCAUCCACUGGAUUGGCAUUUGAAACUCACACAGUCUCAGCCUCUGUCUGCCUCCUGGUUCUCUGCUGUUUUCUAUUUAUUGCCAGGCGGUGCUAUUUCAAACAGAGAGAAGCAAGGCCCGAGGAAGGAGACAUAGAGCUAGACGAACAGUUCGCUCAAAGCUCCUUCAAGUUCUCGUAUGCUCAACUCAGCGCGGCUACCCAUAACUUCAGCGAUGAUGAAAUACUGGGAAGAGGAGGCUUCGGAAGUGUAUACAGGGGCAUCUUGCCUACAACCAAUGAGACAGUAGCCAUAAAGAGAAUAGCCCAAGGAUCGAGGCAGGGAAGAAAAGAGUAUAUAUCAGAGGUUACCAUAAUUAAUAAGCUGAGACACCGUAACCUUGUGCGACUCUUGGGAUGGUGCCAUGAACAAGGUGAGUUGCUUCUUGUUUACGAAUUCCUCCCAAAUGGAAGUCUCGAUAAGUAUAUAUUCAAUGGAAGCAAGGAGGAUUGUUUGAAUUGGCAGCGAAGGUACAGCGUUGCUUGUGGGAUAGCCUCUGCUCUUAUUUAUCUUCAUGAGGAGUGGGAUCAGCGCGUAGUUCACAGAGACGUGAAGGCUAGCAAUGUGCUGCUGGACUCGAAUUUCAAAGCAAAGCUGGGGGAUUUUGGUCUGGCAAGAGUGGUAGAAUCUGAUCACGCCGCCUCACGUACAACCAUGGUUGCAGGGACACGUGGAUAUAUGGCACCAGAGUAUAUAGAAAGUGGCAAGGCGAGUUCAGAAUCAGACGUGUAUAGCUUUGGAGCUGUGGCUUUGGAAAUUGCCUGCGGAAGACAUCCCAUUGAUUACAGCUUAGAAGAAUACGAUUUAAAAGUGGUGGCCUGGGUAUGGGAUUUGCGUAGGCAAGGGAAGCUUUUGGAUGCGGCAGACAAAAAGCUAGAGGGGAAUUUCAGUAGUGGGGAAAUGGAGGUGCAGAUGCUGGUGGGAUUGUUGUGUUCUCAUCCGGACCCAAAAGCAAGACCCACGAUGAGAGAGGUAUUAAAAAUCUUAGAAUUUGACUCUCCAUUGCCGUAUCUUCCCCUGAAUAUGCCUGUACCUGUGUAUGCCGACAUUCUUAUUUCUCAUGCCGGGUAAUCCUCAACUAGCUUACCUUCUGCAAAGAGCAAACGUAAAAUUUCCGGUCCUCUCAUGUCAGACACAGAAGCCCGUUAAGCUCGUUGUUAACCUUAAACUUCAUAGAUAGACUUUGUCGGGAUAACGUUUGUCAGCGUUCUCAUGUA